CCGGAGAACGGACCGCAGCAGAACGUGCCAGGUGCACCGACGUAAUAUCACCGAGAGAUACAGCAGUAGUGGCCUUGUGGUGAGAGGGAACAGCACGACGCACAUAAACAUAUAUAGGUAGAGAGAGAGUGCUUGGUGUGUCUUCUGUUGUUGCGGGGAGUAUUGGGGUUGAAGUUCCCUUGAACACCACAGCACUGCUGCGGCACGUUCUCGGAGAGAGGGAAUUCGUACACGCCAUCAUUGCACGCUUUUCGCUCAGAGGAUAGGAUAGACUAGGGGGCUUUGCUGAGCAUGGAAAACCCGAUGGCACCUGAAGCUGAAGAGGACGAGAUGGCGGAGAUGCUCAAAAGCGUUAAGAGAGACGGGGCUGAACUUUCUCUCGCCUACCGCCCGUUUGGCAGCGUUCCAGAAUCGCUGGCUCUUGCGGAAGGGCGGUACGUGACCACCCUCAACCUCACAGAGUGCGAUCUCAAAUCUUUCUCCAACCUGGUCUGCUUCCCUUCUCUACAAACCCUGGUGUUAGAUAAGAACGACCUUGAGGACAUCAAGGCCUGCCCGACUAUCCCGACGCUAACCACAUUGUGGUUCAACAACAACAGGGUGGCUGACCUCCCCGCUUUUCUUGACCAAGUACUGGAGAGGUUCCCGCUCAUCUCGGACCUGAGCAUGAUGCGUAACCCCGCAUGCCCCGGGCUCAUGGACAUCAAAAGGCCGGAUAUGGAGGCAUGCAGGAUGUACAGGACGUACGUGGUGUUCCGAGCGCCGCAGCUCGUCACCGUGGAUGGCGUUGACGUCACGGAAGGGGAGCGCAGGGAUGCCGCGUUGAGGGGACAGUUCACCGUCAAGCGGAGGCCGCAGGAGGCGGCGGCGGGAGGCGCUCACCCGAUGCUGGCAGAGCCCGGUGGCAAGAGCAGCGGCGGAAUAUUCGACCGAAAGCCCAAGGCGGUGUUGGACCCGCUGGCCGUUCGCCCGCUCGUGAACGUUGCCUCGUUGCCGAGCCGCAAGCCUGUCGGGGUGUACGGCAGGGAACGCCGGUACGACGGCGCGCACAGCGAGGGCAACCGCUUCAUCAUGGACGACCACUUGUGAUGCAUGGCCAUGUUUUGGCGUAGCUGGCUGUAUUGUUGUCCUGGGAAAGUCGCAGUGGGAAUGGCGCUGAGCCAGGGCAGACUGGGCGAGGUAUCACAAAGGAUGGUUUGUACAGGAAAGGCAAGUUUCCUCUUGAGCUGUCUGGGGAGGUCAGUAUUUCAUCCGACCGGGUGAGAUGCAGCGAUAUACUUCGCAGUUGGUGCUGGUGGUUUAAAUGUUGUGGUGAUGCGUGGGACCACGGGGGCGGCGGUGAGUUACGAGUUUGCUGUGACGGGGCCUCUCUGCGGGUAUUAUGCCGCUCUGUGGCAAGUUGCUACCCCUCUCCCGGCUUGUUGUGUUUUGCUGUUGUUCAUUCCACACCUGUUGCGGACAGUGCCGGAAUGGAAGACCACAGCGAAGGUUCGGGAGCCGCGUACAGCGUUGCAUGUAAAAUUAAAUGAUGAACGGAUACGAUUGCGGGUUCCUAUGCUAUCUACUGUUGUCGCCGGGGAUUCUGUUUUGUUCUCGACUCGACGGCGGGUUGGUUGGGUGUCCUAGGUUUUUCUGUCUCCCGCUACAUAUGUAAAGCGAGAGGCGCUUCCUCUGCUGAACAACUCGGAGAUGUUACCCGCGAUGCCUUAGAAAGUAUUUCCUGUGGUUCCCUGCGGUUGGUAUAGCCCUCACUUACCCGCCGAAUCACUGUACUUCCCAUGACGGAGGGCGGCAGUCGGUGUUUGUUGCUUGCCUUCAUCUGGAGAUUUACCGGAGGGUUGGAUAUCACCUCGGACCCCAUGGGUGUGAGGAUUUUCGCACUGACGAGUUUCUCAGAACAAAAAUUGAGUUUAAAAGCUCUCUAUUUAUUACAGCCAACUCAAUCGUGCCGGGGGGGUGGCGGCGG